AUGCUUUCUGCCGCUUAGCGACUCUGCGGCGCUUUGCGUCCUAGCGCCGCCUAACGUACAAAAUGCGAAGGCGAUAGCGCCAUGUUGUAGCUGAGCCCGAGACGCGGCGCCACCGGCGGCUGCACGAGUAGCCGGCUUAGGUCAGCGGCUCCUCUGGUCGGGAGCCGGUUUCCCCGUGCGCUUUCAAAAGUUGCUCGGGUCGCCGGUUGUUUUUGGCUGCUGCGCGGUGGCGCGCAACAAGUGUGCCCCCGGCGACAUGGACGACAAAAGCGAGCCGCGCGAGAACGACAAGUGCAUGGAACAGGGCGAGUCCGCGGGUGGCGGAAUGUCCAAGCUUCGCGCCCAGGUCACCUCUGCCGUGGCGAACAUCCCGUCGCUGGUGAUUGUGCUGCUGUGCGUGCUGCUGCUCGUCUUCUUCGUCAUCAUCGUCGCCCUGUCGGUCAAGGUGCACUCGGGCUCGACGGCGCCCGAAGACCGCUGCCUGUCGGCAGCCUGCCUGGGCUCGGCGUCUCGCGUGCUCGCCGGCCUCGGACGAGAGGCCGCGCCCUGCCGGGAGCCGUACGCGCUGGCCUGCCGGGCCCCCGGCGUACCUCGGGGCGGCCAGCACGCGGUGCGGCACCUGGUGGACCUGGUGCCCUUCGACGGCGACCAGGCGUCGGCCGAGACAAAGGCGAAGCGCUUCUACGAGACGUGCAUGGAGCCGCGCAGCCUGAGCCAAGACGCCCUGGCCCUGCUCAACUACCGGCUGCGACAGGUGGGCGGCUGGGAGCUGGUCGCCGGCUCGUCGUGGUCCCUGCAAGGCUGGGACCGCGACACCGCGCUCGAGAAGCUGCACGUCGACCUCGGCGUGAGCCCCUUCUUCGCCAUCGGAGUCGCCGACCGAACGAUUCGGCUGCACCCUUCGGGGUUCACAUUCCCUUCCUACGAGUACUACGCCGACGGCAAGCCCGACACCCUCGCCAGCAAGGUGCUGGGAAGCUACAGGGAGCUGAUCGAGCGUGUUUCCAGCCACCUGCGAGACGGCCCACCCACCUUGGCCAACUCUGUUCUGGCCGACACCAUCAUCAACUAUGAGCGGCGACUGCUCGAGCGUACCUCACGAACCGAAAACACCUUGUAAGUAUUGACACUUUCCAUUCUCGUCAACUC